AUGGCUGGAUGGAGACCUGGUGGCCGGAGGCAGGGCCCGCAGAUGGUGGGGAUUUGCACCUCGCCAGCGGGGGCGUGGGGAACAGGUGCCGGGGCGAGCCACUCCGGCCGAGCCGGCGACAAAGAGGCCAGGCACUGCUCCGCUUCUCCUCCGGCGUGCCACGAAUGUUCGAGCAAAAAAGAGCUUGAAUCUCGCCAGCUGACCGCCACGUUUUCCCCGUCGGCGGCGUCGGCGUGUAGACCAAAGGAGGGGAGCGGAAGUACAGCAAAGGUGGACAGGUUAGCUGUGGUCAUCCCCUUGUUAUUCAGCCCAUUGGUGUGGAGUGGAUACCUGGAGUAUGACCAAAAUGUUCUGGUGCCCAAGGACUGGACUCGCAUUGGAAGGCUCAGGCCAACUGAGGAGCUGGAGCUUACUUUUGCACUCGUGCAGCAGAAUGUGGACCUGCUGGAGGAGAUGCUGAAAGCGGUGUCUGACCCUGACUCGCCUCAGUACGGUAAAUACCUUCAACUUGACGAAGUGGCCUCCCUUGUGCAUCCAUCUGACGUGUCCCAAAAGGUGGUGCGCGGCUGGCUGCGGAGUCACGGUGUCACAAACUGCUCCACUGUUUACACACAGGACUUCUUACAGUGCACUUUGACUGCAAAGGUUGCGGAGACUCUACUCCCAGGUAGCAGAUUCCAGCGUUAUGUCAGAGACGGUCAGUCCAUCGUGAGGUCCUCAGCUCCUUACUCUGUUCGUGAUGAUGUUGCCCAACACCUUGAUUUUGUUGGAGGGCUUCAUCGCUUCCCUCCUGGAGGACACAAACCAAGCACGGCCUCAUCAGACUUGAAGAAAAGGCAGCGGGACAAUGGGUUUCACUUAGGAGUGACUCCUUCCGUGUUGAGGGCCCGUUACAAUAUGACGGCAGCGGACGUGGGAUCGGCUCAGAACAACAGCCAGGCUGUAGCUCAGUUCUUGGAGCAGUACUAUAGCCCUUCGGAUCUGGCGGAGUUCAUGAGCAUUUAUGGCGGAAGCUUCCAGCAUCUGUCCAAGGUGGACCGUGUCGUGGGGACACAGGGCACUGGAAAGGCUGGUUUAGAGGCCAGUCUGGAUGUGGAGUACAUCAUGAGCACGGGAGCCAACAUCUCUACGUGGUUCUUUUCCAAUCCAGGCCGUCACGAAUCACAGGAGCCGUUCCUCCAAUGGUUGGUUUUGCUAAGCAACAUGUCUGACCUGCCUUAUGUGCACACCAUCAGCUACGGAGAUGAUGAGGACAGUCUGUCCACCGCCUACAUGCAGCGCAUCAACACGGAGUUCAUGAAGGCCGGCGUCAGAGGCCUCUCUUUACUUUUUGCUUCUGGUGACAGUGGUGCCAGCUGCCUGCACAUGGCUGGAGAAAAGAAUUCCUUCAGACCCAGUUUUCCUGCCUCAAGCCCUUAUGUGACCACAGUCGGUGGAACCUCAUUCAAGAAUCCAUUUAAGGUAACUUACGAAGUUGCAGAUUACAUAAGCGGAGGAGGCUUUAGUAACGUUUUCAAGAUGCCCGAUUACCAGGUCAGUGCUGUUGCUAGUUACCUGAAGAGUGUCGCGGCAACACUCCCACCUAAGUCGUACUUCAACGUCAGCGGGAGGGCGUAUCCUGACAUGGCGGCGCUGUCGGAUAAUUACUGGGUGAUCAUCAACAGAGUACCCGUGCCUUGGGUGUCUGGGACAUCGGCGUCGACCCCGGUGGUCGGUGGGAUGUUCUCUCUCAUCAAUGACAAACGUCUGAUGAAGGGCCUUCCUGUACUGGGCUUCCUCAACCCUCGCCUGUACAAGCUCAAGGGACAGGCCCUGUUUGAUGUUACUGAAGGUUGUCACCUGGGCUGCUUCGACGAGCAAGUUCAAGGUCAAGGAUUCUGCACGGCACCAUCAUGGGACCCGGUGACGGGCUGGGGAACACCUAACUACCCUGCACUUGUGGCUGCUCUAUCUCAAUGA